GACGUCAUAACCACCUCCAAACAAAGUGGAGGUAGCCUGUUUUCCGACAGAAUAGCACCGGGAAAUCCUCGGAAAAUCCUUGGAAAAACCUUAGACAACCUGAAUUUUCAUCAACGAUUCUAUCACCAGACUCAGAUAUAGCAACACAUUGAUAGAAGGUGUUGCAAAAUGCCUGGAUCACGGGAUAAGAUCUUGAGCGAGGUAUUCUCAGGGAUAUGUAACAAGAUGAACAGAUGUAAGCCUCUGUCAUCAGAUGACGUCAUGGCCACGCCCUUGAGAAGAUGUCUCAACACCUUCGACAUUACACUAUUGGGAAUCGGUCACAUGGUAGGAGCCGGCAUCUAUGUGCUGGUGGGAACAGUAGCCAAAGACCAGGCUGGUCCAGGAAUCAUAGUUUCGUUCCUGAUAGCAGGCCUGACGUCUAUGUUGGCAGCACUGUGUUAUGCGGAGUUCGGCACGCGCAUCCCCAAAGCUGGCUCAGCUUAUGUCUACACAUAUGUCAGUGUCGGCGAAUUCUGGGCUUUUGUCAUUGGAUGGAAUCUUAUAUUGGAACAUAUGAUUGGAGCGGCAUCAGUUGCCAGAGCUUGGAGUGGUUAUAUAGACUCUAUGUUGGGGAAUGUGGUAUCUCACACUAUAAUGGACACUGUCGGAGGUCUACAUGAAGGGCUUCUGGGUCAAUACCCUGACUUUCUCGCUUUUGCAUUCUGUUUAGCCUACGCCUGUGUGCUGGGAACGGGCGUAAAAUUCUCAUCGUGGAUUAACAGCGGUUUAACCCUGGUUAAUUUGAUCGUUAUCACCUUUGUUGUGGUUCUGGGAUUCUACUAUGCUGACUUCGACAACUGGACUAAAUAUGGAUUUCUGCCUUAUGGGUACUCGGGAGUUAUUGCUGGGGCUGCCACCUGUUUCUAUGCAUUCGUUGGUUUUGACAGUAUUGCAACAUCAGGAGAAGAAGCUAAAAACCCACAAUUCUCCAUUCCAGUGGCAACUAUACUGUCCCUAAGUCUGGUGUGUCUUGGAUACGUCCUUGUUAGCGGUGUUCUAACCCUGGUGGUACCCUAUUCAGAGAUAGAACCUACUUCUGCCCUUUCCAGUGCUUUUGGCUCACUCCAUCUGCCCUGGGCCCAGGUGUUCAUAGGCGUAGGAGCUCUAUGCGGCAUGACGACUACCCUGCUGGGUUCCCUGUUCGCACUGCCACGCUGCAUGUAUGCCAUGGCACAGGAUGGUCUGCUCUUUUCCUGCUUCACACGGGUCAACAAGGCCACGCAGGUCCCUCUACUGAACUUAGCAGUUUCAGGCAUCCUAACAGCUGUUAUCGCUCUGCUGUUUGACCUUGAGAAGUUGGUGGAGUUCAUGUCUAUCGGCACCCUGCUGGCCUACACCAUUGUCAGUGCAUCAGUCAUCACCCUGCGCUACCGGCCUGAGAUUCUGCCUCUGCUCAGCAGGGAGAACAGUUCAUUGUCCGAUCUGGCUGAUAGUGCUCCAUUUGCUAAUGACUACACCCAGGGCAGAGCCGGUCUCCUGAAGACAUCUGGCUACCUGUAUCGCUUCCUGGACCCCAUGCUGUGCGAAAGCCCACCAGGAGUGGCUGUCAGCACUUUCGUGUUCAUCUACUGCAUGUUCAGCGCACUGCUUUGCACCCAUCUGAGGAUCAACGGAGAUCCCACCAUGGGCGCCAAUGUGGUGGCAACUGUCUUCAUGUCCUCAGCAAUGAUCGCCUCUCUGGUGGUGAUUGCUGCGCAUGAGCAGAACAUGACCGGCUUGAAGAUGUUCAGAGUGCCUCUGGUGCCAUGGCUGCCGGGGCUGAGUGUCUUCUGCAAUGUUGCACUGAUGACGCAUCUAAACUUGUUGACCUGGUUGCGGUUUAUUGUGUGGAUGGCUCUGGGUCUUCUAGUCUACUUCCUGUACGGAAUGCAUCACAGCAAGGAGAACAUAACAGCUGGGUCGUCCUACUCUGUCCUACUGUCGCCGUCAGAGUCUAAUAAACCAAAAUGGGGGUCCAUCCAGACCCCGACCAAGCAGGACCCCGACACGGAAAGCGAAAAGAAUUUGCAGUAAUCUGAUUUUGAAUUUCAUAAUUUAUGAAAAUUUUUCCUAAAAUAAGGCAACCUAACUCAAGAGAGAAAAAGAAUUUUCAGUAAUCUGGUCUAAAUAUCAUAUGAAUGUAAGUCCCAAUAAGGCAACCUGACUCAAGAGAGAUAGAGAUAGAGUGAGAGAGUGAGAGAGAGAGAGAGAGAGUGUGAAAGGGAAU